AUGGCUUCUUCUGAUUCUAUGGCAGACGCCAAAGAUGCCAGCAAGCAACAGCCCUGGAUGGUAAACGCCAUUGGCAGUAUCAAGUGGUGGGCGCUCAGGCACAGGUUGCAUCAUCGAUACACAGAUACUGAUUUCGAUCCAUACAAUGCAAAGAGAGGAUUCCUCUUCUCUCAUAUUGGCUGGAUAUUCGAAAAACCACAUUAUGACCGAAUCAAGCUCGUCGAUCAAAGCGAUCUUCAGAGUGACCCGGUUGUGGUCUUUCAACAUAAACACUUUCCAUUGCUGGCAAUGAUCUCAUCGCUCGUUAUCCCUACACUCAUUGCUACAUUUUGUUGGAAAGAGUCAUGGGUGACAGCAUUACUCUAUGCUGGUUUUGUCAAGACCAUCUUUGUUUGGCAUGCAACCUUUUGCAUCAACUCUCUUGCUCAUGCACUUGGAGAACAGGAAUUCUCCCUAGAUUGUACAGCAAGAGGUGGACUGUUACUUGCACUCAUCACCAUGGGUGAAGGAUACCACAACUACCAUCAUUCAUUCCCCAAAGAUGUUCGUAACGGGAUAAAGUGGUAUCAAUACGACCCCACUAAAUGGGUCAUCUUCCUCUUAAGCUAUUUCGGAUUGACAUACAAUCUUCAUACGGCAACGGAUGAAGAAAUUGAACGUGAACGAAUUCACGUUUUGGAACAUCUUAUUGAAGAACGCCGAAAAGCAGUGACUUGGGGUAUGCCCGAAAGAGAUAUGGACAUCUUCACCAUGGACCAAGUACAAUCUUGUCGUGAAGACGGUCGUGAAUUAUUUGUAAUUGAUGGAUUUGUCAUUGACGUCAGCUCCUUCAAGCAUGAACAUCCAGGUGGUCCCAAGUACAUCUCAUCUCUUAUUGGACGAGAUGCUACCCAUAGCUUUUAUGGAAAGCUGAAUAACCACACUACAGCUGCUCAUACAUUGCUUAGGAGCUUGGCAAUCGGAAAAAUUCCACUCAAGCGCUGUGAAUCUCUCUCUACUUCGAAGGAAGAAUAG